AUGGCAUCUAGACAUCGCUCUAAAUCGCUGCCUGCUCUAAGGAAGCGGAUAAAGGCCUUCGGAGAGGAGCACGGAUGUGAUAAGAGACGCAGGAGCUGUACUUUGCUAAAGAACAAGGUUAAAAGGUUACCUGAGAUCAUCUUCGCACGGUGCAAUUGCAGAAAUGCUAGGAACGAGGACUACGACAGCGAUGAGGAAGACCGGAGGAAUGGAGUUCCUACUGUACACACCCAGCGCCGUGGUGGCCAGUUCACCUCGGAUAUGAAGACAAUAGUCGCCGAAAGGCACGAAGAACUCAUAGCCCGCAAGUGCGAACUACAGAGGGACCUAUACACCGCAAAGCAGCGGUACCUCGACGCGCGCGACCCGUUCAUUAACACCUCUAACGCGAGAUGGGAUGCGAAAAAGUGCUUCAAAUAUCGGGAACUGGAAGAUAACUACGUAGACCUGACGCGUAAGUACUUCAAGCUCGAAGACGACAUAAACGAGCUCCAGGCUAUGCUCCUCAGCUUCGGGGAGAGCGUAUCCGUGCCGGUGCCGGUGCGGAAAAUCGGAAAUUGGGAUAUGAACACGCGCCGUUCUCGCAUAUGGACGUUGGCGAAUGCUAGUUACGAGUGGGAGUCGCCUAAUGAUCUUUCGGCGGCGGGUUCGCGGGGCGGUAUUGGUGGAUCUAGGACUUUUUGAAAUGUUUAGGUAUUUCCAGUGGUUUAAUUCUUUGUUUAAGGUAUAUCUUUGUUUAUGAAAUGUCAGGGGUCGUG